CCUUUGUGCCUUCUGCCAUGGCAGAAAGUGAAGCUGAGCUGUCUACCUGUUUUAUGAAAGUCAUCUGAGCAGGUGGCAAGGUAUCUGUUUACAGCAGCCGCAUCAGGUGAACAGGAAAUUAAAGGCAGCCACACAGGAAACCCGAUCCAGGGACUACGCUUGGCUUUUGGGGAGAAUUGUAUCUGUCACUCGGCUGCAGAAAGGCUUCAGAUGUGGGCUCAUUUUACCAUGCAAGUUUCAUUUUGCCGACUCCGUACACACCAGUGGUGUUUCCUGCUUUUCAAUGCAAUACUCUUCCAUGCUUUACUUUUCGGGGCAGACUUUGUAGAGGAAUACCUUCUGCAGUCCUCACCAGCAACGUACACGGAUGCCAAGGUUCUGGAGCUUAGGGAGCGUGCCAGGAAGUUAGACAUGGAAACCAUGAAAGAGAACAUAUCAAUGCACUAUGCCAUCAAGUGUCCGGAUAUAUGUGUCACCAGUGAUGUAUUUCUGCUCUCAAUGGUCUUCAGUAAUCCAGCCAAUGGCACCAGAAGGGCCCAGAUUAGACAAACAUGGGCCAAUCUGACUGAUGUCAAGGGACUGUUAGUGCUCACCUUAUUUGUUCUUGGAACUAGUGAUUCAAAUGACAUCCAAGCCAACGUGAUUGUGGAAUCACACCAACAUAAGGACAUCAUUCAAGGCAAAUUUAAUGACUCUGAUGGAAAUCUUAUUUUAAAGAUGAAGCUGAUGCUGGAAUGGGUAGUCACAUUUUGCCCUUUUGCACGUUUUAUCAUCAAAAGUGAUGAGGAUAUGUUUGUCAACUACAAAAGUUUGGUCGAAUAUCUGUUGGGUUUGAAGCGGCACCCAGAUGACCUCUAUAUUGGCCGAGUCAUCCAUCAGGAGAUGCCAGACAGGAAUGCUCAAAGCAAAGACUUCAUACCUCUCAGUCAGUACUCAGAGAAAUAUUACCCUGACUACUGCUCCGGGGCUGCUUUUGUUAUUUCCCAAGAUGUUGCUCGAAAAAUAUUUGUGGCUUUCACUGAGACAAAUCUGGCUGUACCAUAUGCUAUGUUUAUUGGCAUCUGUGCCAAGAAAGCAGGUGUGGUUCCGACUCACAGCUCCAGAUUUUCUGGAGAGAAGCACAUCCGAUAUAAUAGAUGCUGCUACAGCUUCAUGUUCACCUCUGCUCAAAUGCAGCUUGAGGAACUGCCCACAAUCUGGAAUGAAGCCAGGGAGGGCAAAGCAUGCAGCUUAUUGGAAACAUACUCUGGGCUGGUGUCCUGCAAGGCCUUGACCUACUUAGACCGCUUUUCCUUCUUCAGCACAGGGAAAAUAAAUGAGAAAUAGACAUGAAGCGAAGAUAACGAGCCAUUAGAGAAAUAUAUUUUUGAGUCGUUGAAUCCUUGAAUUAGCACAGCAGAAAGGCUAAAUACAUUAAGUAAUGAAGCACAUGAACUGAGCCUGAUAACUGUGGAGAAGGAGGAAGAGGGUGAAGGAAUGAAUGAAUGAAUGAAUGAAUGAAGCUUGCUAUAUUGCCGAUUUCAUUUGUAUCUAUAAUUAUAUGACUAGUUUGUUGGUGUGUUAGCCCAACAUGGUAGAAAUUAAACAAAUAGCUUUCUAUGGAACAUUUUAAAAAUAGGUAAAACAGUCUUGCUACUUUUGGAAAUAAUUGGUUUUCUGUUGAAAUGAAUACAAGAAGCACAAGAUGUUCUCCCUAUGUGUCUUCCUCUGCUAUUCAGGUGUGCUUCUCUUUACAUUUUGCAUUUCAUUCCUCUAUGAUGAACUGGCAUGCCACCCAGUACUGAGACCUGCUUUGUGUCCAAUAGGCUUUUAAAAUGAACAGAUAAAUGGAUUUUAUUCCUCCCCCCGAGUUAAGAUAAUAAGUCAAGUUGCCCAACUCUGGAGAAAUCCUAUAUUCACUUUACCCAUCAGAGUUUUAAGGAGUUAAAGGGAGCUGUCAUUGAUAGAAAUAUAAGUGUAAACUGCAACAACAUACACUGUCCACUUGUAGAUGACUCUAUACAUUUUUUUUCUUCAUAUUCUGGGGUUUUGAAAUGUAAGGAAUCAAUUUCUGCCAUUUUUUCACAUUACUUUGAAAUGUAAAAGUUGAUUUUCAUUGAUGUUUUAGUUACUCAUGCAAUGCUGUUUUGAAGGUUGACAUAAAGAACGGUACUGUAUAAAUUUGAUGGCAAUCUCAUUACACACUAUGUAUAAAACAAUGUCAAGAAAUCUUUAGUGUUAGUUUAUUUUUCAACUAGGUCCUUGUGGUAGGACUUUCUUUUUGGUUUUCAACUUCAUUUUUGCAUUUGACCAUCAUCAACUGUCCUCUUGUUCUAUGUAGCCCCAGUUUCUUUUAAUCUCACAGUUCUGACCCUUGCUUUGCCUGACCAUAAAUAGACUAACUUACUUUUUGACUUC